GAGCUGGGGAGAGACGCACCCGGGUGGCUGACUGGGGCAGAAUACCAGGGACGCGCGCCGGGAGAAAGCCACCAAGGAGCCGCUGCCCGACUUGCGACAACGGCAGUCCGCGCCAAACUGUUCCAGCCGCUGGCCUACUGUAGGCGCUGCAUGAGGACAUUAUUUUAAAGCUCUCCAAGCGGCCCCCUCCCCCCGACUCCUCCCGCUGCAAAAGGAAAAAAAGGGGGGGAAGGAGACUAUAAAGGAAACCCAGAUUUGCCGCCACAACGAAAAGAGAGGGGGGAAAAGGGAAAAGAAAAGAAAGUAGAGCGACUGUGGGUUUGGACGCAAGCAGCCGCUGGAGCGUGGGCCGAGCGAUGCCGGGCUGCGCGCCCAGGCGGCUGAGAGUUGUGACUGAAGCCACGAUGCACUGCCAGGCACGGUGAAGAGCCAGAAGGCAUUGCCUCUCCAAAGGAACCCAGGCGCAGGGAGGGCCGCCUCGAGGACCAGGAGGCCGCCCGGCAGGCCACCAGCCGAGGUGACCGGGCUGGGCGGUGGGGAGCUAGAGAGUGCGUCCGUCCGAAGUUGUCACUCUCCGUUUUCGAUUGACACAAACACUUCUCCAAAAGGGGGGAAACCUAAGCAACAACUGCAAUCGACAAGAUCUCCUACCUUACUCUCCCUCCCACCUCCCCCUUUGGCCUACCCCCGCCCCCUCCCCCAGGCCCAGCGCGGGCGCCUGGCGCGUCCCAACCCGCUGCACUAUGCCGGCAGUUUAGGAUCCAAAGCUUCUCUACUUGUUUUGUUCUUUUCUUAAAAAACAAAAACAAAAAACAAAAAAAGAGGGGGAAACCCCGGUGGUGGGCAGACUAGGACGCACACACCCACCUUCAUAUCCCGACAAAAGCAGAUGCACUUUGACUUCUGACAGCUCUACCUCAAGCCCGGAGAAAACUCAGCGGCGCCUUCCCCGCAACUCGUGCUCCGGGUGUCUUCCUCUUCUUUUCCGACUCCGUUUUAUUUAUUUAUUUCCGUUCCCGCCGCGGUUCUUGGUGACCUUCAUUCCUCCGCAGGCUCUGAGCAGAAGAGUCCCUUUCCCGCCCGCCUGAGACUCCUUUUCCUCGCCUGGGGAGCUGAGGGGGCGUUGCUCCUCCCGGUGGCCCUGGGAUUCCCGGGUCACACACUAGCGAGGCACCCCUCGCCCCGCGUCAGCCUCCUUUCCCCCAUUUGGUUUCCUGUUGCGGGUUUUGGCUUGCACGGCCAAGAGUGUCUCCUCUUUGGGGAGGGGCUGGGGAGCUGUGCCGUCAUCUUCGGGAGUCUACUUCGUCUCUACUUGCUCCUAACUCUCCGGGCCUCACCCGACCAAACCAAAGACCAUGGUGCACUGUGCCGGCUGUAAAAGGCCCAUCCUGGACCGCUUCCUCUUGAACGUGCUGGACAGGGCCUGGCACGUGAAGUGUGUCCAGUGCUGUGAAUGUAAAUGCAACCUGACCGAGAAGUGCUUCUCCCGGGAAGGCAAGCUCUACUGUAAGAACGACUUCUUCCGAUGUUUCGGUACCAAAUGCGCGGGCUGUGCGCAGGGCAUCUCCCCUAGCGACCUGGUACGGAGAGCGCGGAGCAAAGUCUUUCACCUGAACUGCUUCACCUGCAUGAUGUGUAACAAACAGCUUUCCACCGGCGAGGAGCUCUACAUCAUUGACGAAAACAAGUUCGUCUGCAAAGAGGAUUACCUAAGUAAUAGCAGUGUCGCCAAAGAGAACAGCCUCCAUUCUGCCACCACGGGCAGUGACCCCAGUUUGUCUCCGGAUUCCCAAGACCCAUCGCAGGAUGACGCCAAGGACUCGGAGAGCGCUAAUGUGUCCGACAAGGAAGGGGGCAGCAACGAGAAUGACGACCAGAAUCUGGGCGCCAAGCGCAGGGGACCGCGCACCACCAUCAAAGCCAAGCAGCUGGAAACGUUGAAGGCAGCCUUCGCUGCUACGCCCAAACCCACACGACACAUCCGAGAGCAGCUGGCGCAGGAGACAGGCCUCAACAUGCGUGUCAUCCAGGUCUGGUUCCAGAACCGGCGCUCCAAGGAACGCAGGAUGAAGCAGCUGAGCGCGCUAGGAGCCCGGCGCCACGCCUUCUUCCGCAGUCCGCGCCGGAUGCGGCCGCUAGUGGACCGCCUGGAACCGGGCGAACUCAUCCCCAACGGCCCCUUCUCCUUUUACGGAGAUUACCAGAGUGAGUACUACGGUCCUGGGGGCAACUACGACUUCUUCCCGCAAGGUCCCCCGUCGUCACAGGCCCAAACACCAGUGGACCUACCUUUUGUGCCGUCUUCGGGGCCGUCCGGGACGCCUCUGGGAGGCCUGGAACACCCUCUGCCCGGCCAUCAUCCGUCCAGCGACGCGCAGCGGUUCACCGAUAUCCUGGCGCACCCCCCAGGGGACUCACCCAGCCCAGAGCCCAGCCUGCCUGGGUCUCUGCACUCCAUGUCCGCUGAGGUCUUCGGGCCCAGCCCGCCCUUCUCCUCACUGUCGGUUAAUGGAGGGGCGAGCUACGGAAACCACCUGUCUCACCCCCCUGAAAUGAACGAGGCGGCGGUGUGGUAGCGGGGUCUCUCACGGUUCGUGGAGUUUCCUGGUUGUACAGAAAUGAACUUUUAUUUAAGAAAAAAUAGAAAAAAAAAAAACAUAAGAAGCAAGCCUCCUGCCCCACUUCCUCCAGCCUCGGGGACCAUUCUUGGUCUGGGGAGACCAGAUGGGAAAGGGGGACACAAAAUGGGAUCCAAAUCCGUUUCGAGGCGGGACUGGGAUGUGCGCACUGGAUGGCAAGGUUCAGAACUGGGGCUCCGGAAGGGAUAUGCAGAACUCUCCCCCACCAGAACCGGUAUCACUGGACAGAUCCACAGGCUGUGUCCCUGGCCGGCGGGCGGCAGAAAGACAUCCUGAGAGCCGCAGGCGCACUCAGCCAUUGGUGAUGCCGGGAGCCUUGGGGAGGGAGGCUGUGAGGCGCGCAGCCAGGUGAGGGAGGCGAAGCCGCCGGCGCGCUCCCGGGCCAGCCCGAAGGGUUGGAGCCCUGAGAUAUCCCCUGUUAGUGUCUCAGAGUUCAGCGACAGCGACAACAAACUCUUAUAGCUUCAGAAACACCGACCUGCUGUGCAUCAGGUGGGACUAUAUAUAUAUAUAUAUUUUGUCUGGGUUUUUGUUUUUUGUUUUUGCCAAAAUUGCAAGAUUCUAAAUGUAUAGCCCUCAGUAUCAACUCUUCUACCUUCACAAAACUCUACACGCAGAGAUACACACAAACACACUGGUUAGGAUGGUCUCCAGCCAGACCACUCAGUAAAAUGACUUGAACAUCGGCUGUACAUGAAAAGUAUUCUACCUUUACACACAAAAGUUUAAAAAAAAAGACUAUUGAACUAAAAACAGUCAACUGUUUACGUAUAAUGUUAAAUUCAGGAGUUCAGUGUUUUACUAAUAUAUCCUGUUUUGAAACCUCUUGUUCAAAAAAAUGUUUUGAGCAAUCAACCAAAAUUGUUAUUUUUCUUUUCCUGUAGAUGUUCUGACAGAUUUGCAGGGCUUUCAGCUCACUGUGCUAGUAUGUAAAAAAGUGUUGUUUACGCGAGGCAAAGAAAACAUGAUAUUCAGACAGUUGCCAAAUAGAAUAAUUAUAGCACAAAUACUGUAAAGGUGCCUGGCACCAGCAACCUGAGAAAGUGUUAAAAAAAAAAAAAGUGUUACAAGGUUUAAAAAAAAAAAACAUCUUUGCUAAUUUUUAGUCCUGUUGAACAUUCAUGGAAUUGUUAAUAUGACUUAUAUAGACCCACACAGGUUUUAUUUUUGUGUCUUUAAAAUAAAAGUCCAAAAUAUUUAAAUUUUAUGGUCAAAUAUGCAGUCAACAGCUGCUACUUUUUUCUUCAUAUAUUAAAUUUCUCAUAUGUCUUUUAUUGUUCUAAUAAACCUAAGCUUGUGUGACCUCCAGUGCAUAUUAGACCAUUCACUGUAUGAAAGAAAACAUGUUGAAUAAAUUUGUGAGUUUUUAAUAAAAAUAGAAAACCUGAUGUUUAGA